UUAGACUUGUAAUCGAGGAAAGCAUUAAUUAAGACCAGGUAUUAUCCGUUUCGAAGCCAAUUAGUCGAAUUCACAAAAAAAGAAAGAAAAAACCUUGAAAAGAAGCAACUGAAUAUCCAUAAACUACUUUUUCAGAAAAAAAUGUCAGAAGAAGUUCCAUAUCAACAACAAGAUCAAGGAUUGCAGGAUCUUCUCAAUAAGACACAGCCAGCACCAACAUCAGCGGAUGUGCCAGCACCAGCACCAGCAUCUGUUUCGGAGAGUGCUGGAACACAUAUUCCAGGAUUUGCAAGUAAUCCAGAGGAAGCCGAUCAAUUACAAAAGCGUAUGGAAGAAAUGGAGAAAGAAGCAGCUAGAUUAAGAGAUUUUAAUAAUUCUGCUAAUGCAGAAAGUGAAAACGACCGCGAGAAGAAGGAUAUUGAUUCAAGAUCAGUUUAUAUAGGUAACGUCGAUUAUGGGGCAACCCCACUAGAAUUACAACAGCAUUUUUCAAGUGCUGGGAUUGUGAAUAGAGUUACUAUAUUGAUGAAUAAAUUCACCGGACAACCUAAAGGAUUUGCAUAUUUAGAAUUUACUGAUAUUGAUGGAGUUAAUAAGGCAGUUGCAACCUUGGACGGUACAGUAUUCAGAGAUCGUGAAUUAAAAGUAAGUGCAAAACGUACAAAUAUACCUGGGAUUAGUACAACGAAUAGAGGAGGAAGAGGUGGUAGAGGUGGUAUGAGAGGUGGAUUCAGAGGAAGGGGUAGAGGAAGAGGUAGAGGUGCGUUUAGAGGAGCUGGUAGAUUUGCACCAUACUAAGACAAGCUAAAAAAGUAAUAAAUAAUUGUAAUUAUUAAAACAAAAAAUUUGUAAUAUACUAAUAAAUAAUCAUGCUUUUGAU